AAACUGAUAGUCUACAACAUAUAUCCAGUCACAAUAACUUCACAGCUGAAUCAGAAUUAGGAGCAAUGCUAGCAUGUAAAUAGGGGUUUAUGUGAUGUGCCAGCCAUGUGCCUGUUUGAAAUGAGAUCACUGGUCAUACAUUCAGGCUGAUCUAUAGAUGGGAAUUAAAGCGUAUGAUUGCGCGUGCACCUCUCUCUCUCUCUCUCUCUCUCUCUCGGUGUCGCCCCUCCCCACAUGCUCUCACUUACUUCGCCUGUCUCUCUGCACACCCGUGAGCAAUCCGAAUAGACGCGCUCAGUCUUUCCACAGUCCAACCGCGCGAGCAACAUGUCCUCAGACGUGCAACUGCGCGACCGAGCGAACCGAUUGAGCCCCGGCAUCACGGACACGCACCAAGCGAGGAGCGAGAGCGCCUGAGAGCAUAUACACUCGAUUGCCUUCCUGCCCAGGAGAAUUCUGGUUAUUUGAGAUCGAGUCCGCCAAUCACGAAGAGAGCUUUUCAGCAGGAAGCAGGAUUUCCAGGUGUGAAGGCUUAUGAGCAGUGCUCCUCGCGCAGUAAGGGAGCUUUUCCUGAGGCAGGAACAGAUGGAUGGAAUGGACUUCACGUUGGGGAAUUCCUCAGAGGGAAAUGAAACGGAGCCAGAAGUGGAGACGGGCUCGUAUAAAACAGUGGAGGUGGUGUUCAUUGUGCUAGUGGCAGGCUCACUUAGCCUGGUAACUGUGGUGGGGAACAUACUGGUAAUGCUCUCUAUAAAGGUCAACAGAAGCCUACAGACUGUCAACAACUACUUCCUGUUCAGCUUAGCAUGCGCCGACUUCAUCAUCGGGCUUUGCUCCAUGAAUCUCUAUACUAUUUAUAUUGUCAUUGGUGCCUGGCCACUUGGCCCUGUAGUGUGUGACCUGUGGUUGGCGCUGGACUAUGUGGUCAGUAAUGCAUCGGUCAUGAACUUACUCAUUAUCAGUUUUGACCGCUAUUUCUGCGUCACAAAGCCGCUGAGUUAUCCUGUAAAGAGGACCACUAAGAUGGCGGGGAUGAUGAUUGCAGCUGCCUGGGUGCUGUCCUUCAUCCUCUGGGCUCCUGCUAUCCUCUUUUGGCAGUUUAUUGUUGGUGGCCGCACUGUGCCAGAGAGGGAGUGUUAUAUCCAGUUCUUUUCCAAUGCGGCUGUUACGUUCGGCACCGCCAUUGCCGCAUUCUACUUGCCUGUCAUCAUCAUGAUGGUGCUAUAUUGGCAAGUCUCUCGAGCCAGCAAGAGUCGCGUGAAAAAGGACAACCGCAAGCCUUCAGGCACCAACACCAGAACUCUAUCUCCCAGUCAGACCCGCAGCAACGCAGCCAACAAGGUGGACAACAACAACGUGAUGGCCGAGGACCCUGAUAGGAAUCAAACCCAGGCCACAGAUGAAGUGACCGACCAGCAUGACACCAAGUUGCAGAAUGGCAAAGGGCCAUCCACAGCCAGUGGGGAGAGAGAAGGGGAGGAAGCUAGCAGGGACAACUGUGUCCCGGUUGAAGAGAAAGAGAGCUCCAAUGAUUCCACUUCAGGCAGUGGGGCCACAGCGCAUCAGAAGCCAGAAGCCAACAACACUCAGACGCCUGCACAGCACCAUGCCAAGACCGGUGCCUCUAAACUCACCUGCAUUAAAAUUGUCACCAAGUCACCCAAGGGAGACUGUUAUACUCCCUCCAACACCACAGUGGAGAUCGUACCAGCAGCUGAGAAGCAGGAUCACGUGGCCCGCAAGAUUGCGAAGAUGACUAAGCAGCCUCCCAAAAAGAAGAAAGCCGCUCCUUCCAGGGAGAAGAAGGUGACACGCACCAUCAUGGCUAUCUUGGUGGCAUUUGUAGCCACGUGGACACCCUAUAACGUGAUGGUUCUCAUCAAUACGUUCUGCUCCAGCUGCAUCCCUAACACAGUGUGGACCAUUGGCUACUGGCUCUGCUACAUCAACAGCACCAUCAACCCUGCGUGCUACGCUCUGUGCAACGCCACGUUCAAAAAGACCUUCAAGCAGCUUCUGCUUUGUCAGUACAAAAACAUACGCUCGACCAGAUGA